CAUACACCAGGAAGUAUUUGUUUUGGGGAAGAAGAACAACAGUUUCGUAGACACAGAAAUUAUCAGGUGCUCUGAAUGAUGUGCGCUGUGUAUGUGUCCCGUAUUAUCAGAUAUUAAAUAACCAUUAUUUAUUUAAGUGCUUUAUCGUUAUUGCAUUUCCAUGUGAAAUCAUAAGCUUAUUGUUGUCUGGAAUAUAUUGCAUAAAGCUUAAAGCACUGCGCUGAAUGCGCUGUGCUAAAGAACAUUAUUGUGCAAGGUGGUUAAGUGAUGUUGUAGUGGACUGUAUGGCCCUGAGCUUCGUUAAGUACCUACUGAAAGGAGGACUGCCGAAUCAGAAUCUUUACUCUCCGGGGGUUGUAACACAAGUUAUUUUAAUCACUUGUUUGACACACCGGGACCCAACUCCGGAAAGACUCAGGGUUAAAGUUCAUGCAAAGAAUUGUCCCAGGUCUUUUCUCCAAGGCCUACACAUACGUUUUACACUCCCGGAUAAUGUGACCAUGGAUGAAGAUGGUAAAGAAACCAACAGUGAGCCGAAGAUGGACGAGGGUCCCAAGAGUAGAACCGGGAGCCUGCGUGGCGUGAAAGCCCCGUUCUCCCGAUACAGAAUCAGCCCCAAGCAGAAGCAUAAAAUCAAGGGUACGCUUCAAAAUUGGCUGAUCAAACCCCUGAUGCCUCACGCUAGGGCCGAAGCGCAAGACGUAGACGUGGAUUCCCACCAGCGCUCGACUGCGGCUGAACGUGUGGACACUGAAGAAGAGGGAGCCCCCGCCCACGACGACGCCAUGGACUGUGGGGAGGACACCCAGCCGCUGACCCCCCAGAGCCUGGAGACGGACAUUGCCGCCGCCUCGUCCUCCUCCGAGGCCCCGCGGCGUCCGUCGAAAACGGAGGCCGAGGGAGGAAGCUGGAGAGGAAAGCCCAAAAUAACGGAGUUCUUCGCAGCGACACCGUCCCCAGGCGUUCCUCCCAGGAGGGGGAGGCAGCAGAGCGGCGAGGUGUCCCCGGAGCAGGACACCGGCUCUGCUCCAGAGGACGAGCCGGACGUCACCUGGCUCGGGACGCCCAUCGGCGAGCUGAGGAGGAUGCCUGAGUGUGGCGGGCGUCUUCCCCGACUGAGGGCAUGCCCCGUCCAGCACACCGUCAUGAUCAGGACGGAUCUCCUCCAGAGGGGGAAGGCUCCCGUCCCGUACCCGUCCACCUUCAUGGAUGUCUGGGACGACGUCCAUGUGAAGAUGCCUUGCUCAAAGACAAACUUGUUUCCUGUAGUGAAUGAGGAAACACGAGUCCUGCAGAGUCGAUGGGGGCUGAUCCAGGAGACACUGAGGCGGAGGUUCACCAGCUCCCAGGAUCUGAAGAAAUCUAUAUUGAAAUAUAAUGCUGCACCUGCCAAGAAGUGGGACUUCACAGCAUGGCAUUCAUACUGCACCAAGGUCCUGGAGCCGGAUGCUGCUCAACAUCUGCUGGGCUCCCUGCUGCCAGACAUGGUUCAAUUAGCACUGCGAGCGUCAGAGCUGUGCACCAAGCCCAUCCCGCUGCUGAAGGAGGGCGAGGAGCACUCGGUCACCCUGUCCCAGGAGCAGGUGGCGUGCCUGCUGGCCAACGCCUUCUUCUGCACCUUUCCCCGACGCAACUCGAGGAAGUCCGAGUACUUCAACUACCCCGACAUCAACUUCUACAGGUACCGCCCGGGGGGGGCGCUGCUGUGUGUCCUCUGCCGCCGCCGCCGCCGCCGCCGCCUCGCCUCCACCGGCCCCCGUCUGACAGACAGCACCAGCGGAGAGGCGCGAGAGUGGACGUGGCUGAAUGGGUUUGUCCCCGGGGCCCGCGCAGGGCUCUCAGUGCACUGGAGCCUGCGCGUCGCCUUCUGUGGCUUCGCCCGGCCGGGGGAGAAGAGCGAGUGCCUUUCCGCCGUGGACGGGAACUGGGGGUGCGGCGUCUUCGGGGGAGACACCCGACUCAAAGCUCUGCUCCAGAUGUUGGCCGCUGCCGAGGCGGGGCGGGACCUGGCCUACUUCACCUUCAGGGACGUGAGGCUGAUGACGGACGUCCACAACAUGCACACCUUCCUCACCGAGAGGAGGAGCUGCGUGGGCGAGGUGUACGGGCUGCUGCUGCAGUACUACGGCUCCGAGUGCGCAGCCUGCCGGGGCGCGCGUCCUGACGUCAGCCUCUACGCCUUCAUCUACCAGCGCCUGGGCUCCUCCAGGGCCUCCCUGUCCCCCUCCCCCUCCCCCUCCCCUUCCUCUCCCCCACCACCACGGUCCCACUAG